ACAGUACUUUCAUUUUUGAGGUCUUUGUGCGGGUUUGAAGAUCGAAGAAUAAUCUCACUUAAGGAGUUUUUAGUUGGGUGAAAUAUGUUACUUGGUGUUGUUUCCAUUUUCUUUCUCUUUGGGUUGUAAAGGGUGAAGAAUAUUCUUCCAAAAAGUAAAAACAAUUCUUCCAAAGAUGGUUAACAUCUUAAGGAAUGCUAUAUUUUCCUCUGAAUUCUUCAUCUUCUUUCUCGUCUCACAUCCUUAGAGGUGUAAAUGAGAUGAUAUGUUUGUAAACUACUCGCGGACAAGCUUGAUAAAAGCUCAAUCAAAGCUCGUUUGGAAAGUUAAUAAGCAAGCUUAUUCUCGUGUAUUCUGCUUUCGUUUUCAUUUUUUUUACUUUGAAAUGUUUUGGGUAAAACCAAAUGACGAAAAAGUAACUUUGUUGUCACUAGCAAGUUAAUAGGGCUUCCCCUCAAAACCAAGAGGAAUGAUAAAAGCUAUAUCACCUUUGGUCCAAAUGGACCAAAGCAAGGACUAAAUGGCAAAAAUAAAAUUACCAAGGAGUUGUCUAAAAGGUAGUCUGAGAAAAAAAAGAAAAAGGAAGGAAAUAGGAUUGGGAGGCGUGAAUUACUUUGGGAUUUGACAUAUUGUAGCAGCAGAAAAAUAGUAAUGUAGCAAUAAAGUGUAGCAGUAGCAAUGUAGCAGUAAAGCAUUCCUCCUCAUCUCUCUACAAUUUGUUUGUGGACUGUUAAAGGAAAAAAAAAAUACCAGCAAAGAAAAAAAACCCCACGAGAAGGCAGAAAUUUUUUUGAAGAAGAAGCUUCGAGAUGGCUGAGGGGGAUGAAUUCAACACACCAAUUCAUGAACAGGUAAAACAUUUGUAUAAUAAAAUUGUUUGUAUCCCACACUCUUGGAAUAAAAUGGCUAAAAAAUCAGGAAAAAGAUGUAAUAAAAAUGUUAAAAGUAAUUGUAAUAAAUAUGAACAAAACCUCUAUAUAAUAAAUAUUUUGGUGGAAAAAUCAUAAAGAAGUGUAAUAAAUAUGUUAAAAGUGACUUUAGUAAUAAAUAGUCUUCAUAAAUGAAGAGAAUGUUUAGAUAAAUUGUAGUUGCAAAGAGAAAAAUUGAUGGCUGCUGCAAAGAGAUACCCAGUUGGCAGUAAAUUGUAGUUGCAAAGAGAUAAAUUUAUUGUGCCAUAUUAAUGUUUAGAUAUUGGCUUUAAAAAAAAGUGUAAAAUAACACUUGUUGCACCAAACGACAGUUGUUGUUUAUCUACCAAAACUUGUAGGAUAUUAUAAACACUUGUCGCAAACCAAACAACAGUUGACUUUUAAUAAAAAAACUUGUUUCAAUAUAAAAAUAAUAUGUUUUGAUCGUGUAUAAGUGCAAAGCAAUUGUACACACAUGGUUAAGUUAAAUAACUUGUCAUGGCUAUUAUAAUACAACAGUUAAAUGUAUGAAUGUGAAAUUUUUUUUGGAAUGAAAAUGUAUAAAUUCAUUAUUAUUAAAUACGAUUUUAGCAUUAUGUUUGUCUAAUAUAAGAUAAUUUAUAAAUGUGAUUGUAUUUCAGCGAGUAAGGAAAAGAAUAGACUUUGAUUUGAAUGAGGAAGUGUCUGACAUAGAUUUGGAGUCAAGUCAGUUAGUUGACUUUUGCAAUGAUGAGAACAUUAUUGAGGAUUGUGUAAGUGGAUCAUUUACAUCAACUAAUAAGGUUGUUGUUCCUAAUGUUGGUAUGGUAUUUGGUUUAUGGGAUGAAAUUGACGAUUGCUUUGUGAAAUACGGGAAACAAGAGGGUUUUGGUGUUUUUAGGUCAGGUGGUGGUAGUAAGCAAACGAAAGAGGAGUUGAGGGUUUGGCAUAAUUAUACGUGGAGAUAUGAGUGUGAAGGUCAAUCAAACAUCAGGUGAAGGGUAGAUGGUAAGCGAGUAACAGUGGGAAAAAAAGGUGUUGACAUAUAUAGUAGGAAGACGAAAAAUCCUGUGAUGAUAUAUGCUAGUGUAAAUGAAGAAUGAUUAUGGGAAAUAAGGAAAGCGAUACUGAAACAUGAAAAUCAUAAUCCUACACCUAGCAAGGUUAGAAACAUAAUUGAGAGAGACUUGCGUAACAUAGUAGCAAAGGAGCUUAGAUUGAAAUUUAAGGACGGAGAUGCUAAUGCCAUGUUGAGUUAUUUUCACAAAAUGGCUGAUGAUAACCAACAAUUCUUUCAUAUGCAUCGUUUGGAUGAUGAAGGUCACAUGAAAGAUGUUUUGUGGGUUGAUGCGAGAAGUCGUGCAGCUUAUGAGUAUUUUGGGGACGUUGUAUGUUUUGACGCUACAUACCUUACUAAUGAUUAUGCACUUCCUUUUGCUAAUUUUGUCGGAGUAAAUUACCAUGCUCAAAGUAUAUUACUAGGGUGUGUUUUAAUAUCUCACAAGGAUGCUGAAACUUAUACUUGGGUCUUUAGUACUUGGGUGAAGUGUAUGGGUGGUAAAGCGCUUAAUUGUUUUCUUACCGAUCAAGAUGCUGUGAUGAGGAAGACAAUGGUGAAUGCUAUGCCGGGAACUUGGCACCGUUGGUGUUUAUGGCACAUUCUUAUGAAGUUUGGUAAGAAGUUGGGUAAGUAUGAGCUUUAUAAGGAGUUCAAACGUGUACUUCUUGAUGUCAUAUAUGACAGCGUGUCGGGUGAAGAAUUUGAGGUUGAAUGGUGUGUUGCAAUAUCAAAAUACGAACUCGGGGAAGAUAAGUGGCUUGAAGGUUUGUAUAAGGAGAGGAUGAUGUGUGCUCCGGCAUAUAUGACGCACUUGUUUUGGGCUGGUAUGAAGACCACACAACGUUCAGAAAGUAUAAAUAGUUUUUUUGACGGUUAUGUGCACAAGAAUACCAAGCUGUGUGAUUUUGCGGAACAAUACUGCAAUGCUAUGGAGAGCAGGGCAAAUUCUGAGAAAGCAACAGACGCAAAUAGUUUUAGGCAUGUAAGACAACUUGCGACAGAUUGUAAGGCCGAUGUUGUGUUUCAAAAACUAUACACAGAUGGUAAGUUUAAGGAAGUGCAAGUGGAGUGUCUUAAAAUGUUAUAUGUCCAUUGGAGAGGGGUUCAAAAGUUAGCACACAACAUAGAGGAGCACACAUUUGCAGAUAGAAUAUGGGUUAUAUGCAAGGAUACUAAGAAGGAGGUACCUACGAAUAAGAGAAGGAACUAUCGGGUGAAAAUCGACUUCGGUACGUUGUUGGCAUGUUGUGAAUUUAAGAUGUUUGAGUGUCAUGGUAUUUUGUGUAGGCACAUCAUUAAUUUGCAUGAUGUUUUGAACAUAAAAGAAAUUCCUUCACAUUACAUUCUUGAUCGAAGGAGGAAAGAUGUCAUUCGAAAGCAUACCAUGAUAAAAGUGACGUAUCAUGAUCCGUCCAAAACUGAAGAGGUAAUGUGUUAUGAUAAGAUGAUGGUCGUAUUUGACCCCAUUUGCUUGAAGGCGGCUCAUUUUGGUGAAGUUGACAUAGUAGUGGAAGCACUUAAGUUGCUUGAUGAUCGUAUAAAUGAGAGGAGGGCAUUGAAGAUUGCUAGUAAUGGACCGAAAGAAGACACUCCUUCAUCUGUGGGUAACAAUACAAUUAGACAAGAUGUUACUCCUGGUUAGGUAAACAUGCAAGAGGGCGCGAAGGAUCCCCUUCAUGCAUCGAGAAGGAGCAAGGAUCCAAAAAACAAAAGGAAGGGAACAAACAUGGCAAGGUUGAUGAUGAAGAAGCAUGCAAUUCAGAGAGCGAUUAUGAAAGUCAUGAAUUAGGAGGACAGAUUAAUAUAUGGUAUGGCUUAUGGGGGAGUUAAUACCAUAAGCAUGAGUUCUUGACAUAUUGUUAUAUAGAAAAAUGAGUUGUUGGUAUAUUGUUAUAUGUUGAGACUAACUCAAAGAAAUAGCCCAUGUUUUGUAUUUGUUGGAGCCACUUGUCUCUUCGAUUUUUUUUAGCCAUUUGGUGAUGACUGGGCUUUUGUAGCCAUGUUAAAAAAUCUGAUACCUUACACAACUCCAAUGAUGAAGAUCAAUCUACGUACAGAUAGUUGUGUUAUACAUACUACAGCAUUAUACGUACUACAAAUCAAUGUACAAAUUAAUCACACUACUACUUAUCUUCAUUAAUAUACUAAUGAUAUAUUCUCUUCAACAUUUCAGAUGUUUUGAA